GCUUCCCGUGAUCCUUUUCUCUUCGCGUGUAUAUCCGCCAUGGGUAUCGAUAUAUGCCACAAGUACGACCGCAAGGUCCGUCGGACGCGGCCCAAGAGCGAGAAUGUCUACCUCGGCCUCCUGGUUAAGGUCUACCGUUUCCUGGCCCGCAGGACCAACUCCAAGUUCAACAAGAUCGUGUUGAGGCGUCUCUUCAUGAGCCGCAUCAACCGGCCGUCGAUGUCGGUGGCUCGCGUGGCCCGCUUCAUGAAAAAGCCCGGGCGGGAGGGUCUCAUUGCCGUGGUUGUCGGCACCGUGACCGAUGAUCUGCGCAUCUACGAGCUGCCCAAGCUGCGCGUGUGCGCCCUGCGGGUGACUGAGAGGGCCCGUGCUCGCAUCCUGAAGGCUGGUGGUGAGAUCCUCACCUUUGAUGAGCUGGCUGUCAAGGCCCCCAAGGGCAAGGGCACCGUUCUCAUGCAGGGACCUCGGAAUUCCCGCGAGGCCUGCCGUCACUUUGGACCGGCUCCUGGAGUUCCCCACAGUCACACCAAGCCAUACGUGCGAUCGAAGGGACGCAAGUACGAGCGUGCUCGUGGCCGAAGGAAGAGCCGUGGCUACAAGGCUUGAGCCCCGUGACUCGACCGUUCCCAGUCAAAAUAAACACACCACCUGUGGCACCCACA